AUGACUGUUGGAACGGAGAACUCAGCUUUUAAAGCUUUACCUGGUUACUUUCGUGCCUAUGCUAAGAGGGAGGAUGAAUCUGUGGAUUCUACUGAAGUGAACCAUUUAGAACUUCUCCAGAACGAUUCAUGGAGGGAUCUUUAUGAGUCUCUUCCUGAAGAUACCGACACACAUCAUUAUAAGUUGGUAGUUUUUGCUAGACAUGGUCAAGGUUACCAUAACGCUGCUAUUGAAAGAUACGGUGAAGAUGUCUGGAAUGCCAAAUGGGCACUUUUAGAUGGUGAUGAAUAUGGGAAUUGGGUUGAUUCCAAGUUGACUCCUGUGGGUAAGAAACAAGUUCAAACCACUGGUGUCAAUGUUUUAUAUCCUUUGACUAGGGAGAUAGGAUUUCAACCGCAUGCUUUUUUCAGUUCGCCAAUGAGAAGAUGUCUUGAGACAUUUGCAGAAUCUUGGAAUGCCUGUUUCCAACAACUUUCACAAGAAUCAUACGAAGAGACAAUUAGAGUUAAGAUUUUGGAGAAUAUGAGGGAAACUUUGGGUAGACACACUUGUGAUAAAAGAGUCGAUCAUUCUACUACAGUUUCCGAGUACCAACCUUACUCUUUGCAAAGCGGUCACACAAUCCAUUGGCAUUUCGAGGAGGACUAUCCAGAAUUAGACCAACUGUGGUUAUCAGACUACAGGGAGACCGUACCAGAGAUGGAUACUAGGGUGAAAUCAGGUUUAAUUCAGAUAUUCAAAAGCAUUGGAAAAGAAGAGAAAUUCAUUUCUGUCACUUGCCAUUCUGGUGUAAUUGGAAGUGUUUUAAGAAACUUGGACCACCCUAGAGUGGACAAUUUACAAACAGGUAACCUUGUUGUAGCCGUUGUAGAGGUCAACAUUGAGCAAUUGAAUUAA